UCGCAUUGUUGUUGUUGGCGCUGCUUCUGCUUAUUGUUGUUGCUGCUGCCACUUGCGAUUUUGUUUUUAUUGCGCACUCGAAAUUGUUUUGUUAUUUAGUGGCGAUACGAUACAAAAAGCGCUUGAGAUGGUGCAAAAUCGAGCGCAUUUAGGUUUAGUUUAAGUUAGUCGCUCGUCGUGCGUGUGUGUGUGUGUGUGUUUAAUCGCAGCUGUUAAAUGCAAUUUGGCAAUUGCAGUUGCAAUCUGCAAAUGUGAAUGAAAAUCGAGCGCAAUAAAAGGACAGCAAUUAAAAUCUAAGUUCAAUAUGUCGCUUUUUGUGGAGUACACGGAUCCCAAAUGGCGGGACUUGGAUAUGCGCGCGUUGUCCGUCGACCAGUUCUACCUGUACCUGCGAUCGCAGUUCACCACCGAGAGCUACCUGUACUCGCUGUCCGACGAAUGUUACACGUGUCCGUACACCAAAGUGAAAGCUCUGCCCGCUGCCGACGUCGCUGCCGGCGUCGAUGAACCGUUACGUUUGAGUUCGGCAUUUGGGCUGAAUUUCAAAAUAUACGAACACGAUCAGGGUCACUAUGCCUACGACAAUGUCUCGUCGCUCUGCUGGCUGCGUCGCACCGAUCUGCAGGAAUUCGGCGUCUAUAACCUGACCCUCCAAGCGAAUGGGACCUGUGCCUUUGCGGUGGACAAGCCGGGCGUACCCAUUAAUUACGCUUUCCUCGCCGUUUUCGUGCUGGUUGCCGCCCUGCUAAUCGCCCUGAAACUUGUGAGCUGCGCCUGGCGUUGCUAUCGCUAUGACGAGGCCACCGCUGCCGCCGACAGCAUCGGAGAGGCGGCCACCAAGGCCACCCAGAGGAAGCGGCUCCGCAGCCUGGACACCUUCCGCGGACUUUCGAUCGUUCUGAUGAUCUUCGUGAACAGUGGCGGCGGCGGCUACACCUGGAUCGAGCACGCGGCCUGGAACGGCCUGCACCUGGCCGACGUGGUCUUUCCCUCGUUCCUCUGGAUAAUGGGCGUGUGCAUUCCGCUCUCCGUCAAAUCGCAACUCGCACGAGGCAACAGCAAGGCGGGGAUUUGUCUGCGCAUCCUGUGGCGAUCGAUCAAACUCUUUGUCAUCGGCUUGUGCCUGAACUCGAUGAGUGGCCCGAAUCUGGAGCAACUGCGUCUCAUGGGUGUCCUGCAGCGAUUCGGAGUGGCCUUUCUGGUUGUCGGUGUGCUGCAUACGUUGUGCAGCCGCCGGGAGCCCAUAAGUCCGCAAAGAUCGUGGCAACGAGCCGUGCACGAUGUGUGUCUCUUUAGCGGAGAAUUGGCGGUGCUUUUGGCACUGGUGGCCACCUAUUUGGGCCUGACCUUUGGCCUACGCGUGCCGGGAUGUCCGCGUGGCUAUCUGGGACCCGGUGGCAAGCAUGAUCAUAAUGCCCAUCCCAAUUGCAUUGGCGGAGCGGCGGGCUAUGCUGACCUCCAAGUGCUGGGCAAUGCGCACAUCUACCAACAUCCCACGGCCAAAUAUGUCUACGACUCCACAGCCUUCGAUCCGGAGGGUGUUUUCGGCUGCAUCCUGAGCGUGGUGCAGGUGCUCCUGGGCGCCUUUGCAGGCGUUACCCUGCUGGUGCAUCCCACCUGGCAGUCGCGGAUCCGUCGCUGGAUGAUCCUCGCCAUUUUCCUGGGCCUCAUUGGCGGCGCCCUGAGUGGCUUUUCCCGUGAAGGCGGCGCCAUUCCCGUCAACAAGAACCUCUGGUCGCUGUCCUUCGUCUGCGUGACCGUUAGCCUGGCCCUGGUGAUCCUGUCGCUGCUCUACUACUUCAUCGAUGUGCGGGAAACGUGGAGCUGGUCGGGCUAUCCGUUCACCGAAUGCGGCAUGAAUGCCAUUGUCAUGUACGUGGGCCACUCGGUGCUGCACAAAAUGCUGCCCUGGCAUUGGCGAAUCGGCGAGAUGAACACGCACUUCAUGCUCCUGCUGGAGGCCACCUGGAACACCCUCGUCUGGGUGGGCAUCGCCCUGUACCUGGACGCCCAGGAGUUCUAUUACAGCCUGUAAUUCCCUAUAUGCACAAUUCAAUUGCCAAAUAAAUUAGCGUUUUGUACAUAGAUUGAUUUUUACGGAGAAAGCACAAAGUAUUUGUAACAUAAUCCGAAUUUUCGUUGUAGGAACGCAAAUUAAAAUCAAAUAUCAAUAUAAA